UAACCAAAUAAAUAAAUAGAUAAAUAAAUAAAUAAAUAAAUAAAUAAAAAAAAAAAGAUUAGAUUAACGUCAACUUAUAAUCGUUAGUUUGAUUUUCUACAAAUUCUUCAAACAAAAACAUAUAUAUAUAUAUAUAUAUUUUCUAUAGAAAAAGAGGAACGUUUGAAACGAACCGUUUUCUAGGAUCUAAAACUACAAUAUAUUAUUUUGUUUGAACGAAUAAGAGUUUCCAAUCGUCCGAUAACCAACCCCCCUCGUACUUAAAGUUCAUGUUCGAGAGUGAAUUCGUUUGGCAUUAGAGAAGAUAAAGAGAAUAUUUGAGAUAAAUACGAUUCAUCGGCCAUAUAUGGAUUAGGAUAAGGAAAAAGGACAUUUUUUCACAAAUGGCAAGGACGAUAUGAAUGAUUCAUCGACGGUAAUCGAGCGAGAGCUCGAUAUGGAAGUACCACAACUCGAGGACAACAAUUUGAAAGUAUUGCCAAUGCAAAAUGUGGCACGACAAGAUUCGGGAGUACCAGAAGAUCUUGUUUCACCGGUUUGUGAUAUUAACAAGUCGUUGGACGAUGAGGACCCAAAUAGUACUAUGAACAGUGACUGUAACAUUACCGUAAUUCACGUUACGGAAUCGGAAACUCGUAAUAAGGAAGAGGAUCGAUCUUCGUCAACGUCAUUGGCUACUGUUGACAGAAAAGAAUACACUGGGGAGAGCAAGGAUAGCAAAGAUGGCAGUGACAGUGGUGUCGAGGGUUGUGCAACUGAAGUUCCAAGAGUACGUAGUCGAAACAGCAUAGAUUAUGCCAGCAGUUGUGGGGGUUUGGAUGAAGCAUCCUGUGAUUCGAGUUUAGUUAGUUGUUGUUCGGUAUACGAAGACCCAUGUGCAACUCUUCCAGACGAUGUAAGAUUAACAACAGGUGGUGAGGGUACGAGCGAAGGUGGUAGCGAAAGUUCAUCGAUAGCUGGUAGCGUAUCGGCUAGGGGAAAUCGUAGUAGUAACGUUAAAAGAACCUCAUCGGUGUCCAGUUCGAGUAAGAAAAAGGCAGUCAAUUGCGAGACACCAAAAACUAGUCGGGUUAAGCCAGCAUUGUUGAACGCUAAUUACGUACCAACGACACCACGUUCUAAACCAAGGAUCGCAGCGCCAAGAAAUAUUCUUAACAAGGCACAACCGGUUGUUAGAGAUCGUGCUAGGUCUAGGGACAAGUCAACGGCAAGAGAAUCAAAUUGUGAUUCCGUAACACCUGGCGGAAAUACACGUACCAAUUUAAAUUUUCGUUCUGCUACUAAUUCGACUUCGCAAAGAACGAGAACGAGACCAAUACCACCCGAUUCACUGCCAUCCGUAUUGACUACAGAAAUUAAUAAGGAUCUUGCUCAACGUGGUAGAGGUAGUAAUAGUGGAUCAAGAUCUAGAGGUGGUUCUAGUACUAGGAUUACGCGUACACCGGGUUCUACCCCAUCCGAGGAAACGCGUAAACCAUUGCCAACAUCUCGUACCUUGUAUAAUUCUGGUAGAACCGAACAACCAACGAAAAGUAAUCGUCUGGAUAAGAUGACUAUAAGUUUGGAUAACAAGGCGUUGGAUGCUUAUGCAACGUUACCACGUAGGAAUAAGAACAAAAUGACUAUUGCCAAAACAAAUGAGAAAACUAAUGAUAAAAUUGUUAGGAGCAGAUCCGGUAGCAGGGAUGGUAGUCUUGGUAGACAACCAGAUAAAAAGACUAUAAAUAAUACUAGAGAUUUCGUUCACAAAACUUUACCACCUUAUCCUAGAAAUAAACCCAUUGAAAAGACAAGAAUUUAUCAUGAAAUCGGCAUACAAACGGGUCUGACUGGUAACGACAUUGACAAUGCAUUAUCUGGAAUACCCAGUGCAGUAUCAGGACCUGACAUAAUAGAACGUUUGCACGAAAUUGUUCAAACUGAUGGAACUUGGGAGGACAUGCAGACCAUGCAGAAUGAUUUGAAACGUUUGAAUGAGGAUGCUAACGUGAAAAAGGAAGAAAAUGAAAGACUCAAAACGGAGAUAACUGAAGUUAAACGUCUUUUAGAGGAGGAACAGGCUGAUCAUGCUUUUGCUAGGCAAGAAUUAGAUAGAAAUGCUAGAAGAGUAUUGGCGAUGUUAGGAACACCACAAUCGGAACACGCGGAGGGUAGCGACAGCUUUUUAGAAUUGGAAUCACAUUUGCAAUCAUCGGGACAAGUUGUAGCAAAUCAGCAAAUCGAAAUAGCCGACUUGCAAUCACUUUGUCGUAUGCUUAGCAGGGAUUUGGAAAAGAGUUUAGCAGCACAAAAAGCAUUGUUGCAACAACAGCAAGAAUUGGAAGCGGAAUCAGCAGAAAUGCAAGAUUUUCUUCAACAAGAAAAAACGACUCUGGCAGAUGCGUUAAAGGAUGCCGAAAUUGAGCUCAAGAAGAAAGAACAAGCUUUGAUUCAACGCGAAGCAGAAUUGGAAAGGCAGACAGAGGAAUGCAAACAUUUAGUUCGAAUCAGUGAACAGCGAAGGCAAGAAAAUUUAUCAUUGAACAUGAAAUUAAAUGCGGUCGAACGAAAAGGUAGAGAAUUGUUGCUUACCCAAGGUGCAACUAUUUCCGGUGCAGCAGUGGCCCUUUCUGGUCUUGGCACGCGAUUGGAAGGAUUGGUAGAUCAGUUAAUAACUUCUUACAAUAUUUCAGUUAAGGAUUUGGAGGAUGUGAUCUAUCAUAACGAAGCAUACAGUCGAAGCAACAGUAGCAUCGAAUCCAGUCCGGUUAGUUCUAAGCAUAGCUUGAAAGAAUGCACUCCUAGUCCAAAAAGUGGUUCCUUCGUUUCCGCAGUUAUCGGUGCUAUCCGUAACGCUGCUACUCAUCCUUUUGUAACCAAAACUGUGGAUAAAAAAUCUUCUUUGGAAUCGGCCAAACAAAUGUACAAAGACAUAAGUAUGGAUUCGUCUUCCGAUUUACUCGAUUUUGAAACUGAACCGUGUCUGAUGAUGGAAAGUGUAUUGGAGGAUGUUACAUUACCGGAUACUUAUUCGCACAAUAUGAUCUCUAGCAGCGACUCGCUUCGCAGAGCUUUAAGCUUUCCCGAAACGGUCGAUGAAAAUAAUAUUAAAAAAACUAAAACCUUAGACGAGUGUACCAGCUUGACGAAUCUAACUCAAGCAAUAUUACAUCGUAGGAAAGUACAAGACGAGGAAGAAGACGAAUGCGAAUCAAUAAGUGAAUCAGACACUGGGACCAAUGAAGGACCUCUUCCAUUAACGGAUUAUUGUCCUGCAGUAAGCCUUGUUGAUCAAGUAAUAGAUGUUGAUAAUCUUGUAACUAAACUUUUAAAAGUAUUGCGGAUAAUACAACUUGAAAACGAUACGUGUAUACAAGAAUUGAAAGAAGAUAAAUGUGAUUUAGAAACAAAAUUAGAAGUUGCCUUGACCGAAUUAGACGAGCUACGUAAAAUCGUAGAUAGUACCUAUCAAUCGGAAGAUAUUUUAUGCAAUGUGCCAGAUAGAAAACGUAGCGUCGUGGAAAAUUGUCGUCUACUGAUCAAGGAGAUGUCAAACGGAAUAAUUCCUCUAUAGGCGGUUAAGGAGGAAUUAAAAUUUGAUGAUGAGUCCGCAGACGCUAAUAAUAUUGGCUCACCGGAUGCUAAAAACUGUGGUGAGGAUCUCAACGCUAACGAAGAAGCCCAAAUCUCUUCUAUUUAAAUUUUAAGUAUUUCAAAAUACUUUACUUAUUUUCGAUAAUUUACAACAACAAUUUUAAACGAUGUGUUAUACUAUGUAUUACCUAUCUGUGUACUUUUAUUUUUUCUUCUAUGUAUAGAUUUUUCCUUUUUUUUUUUUUAUUAUUAUUACUUUUUCUUUGUCAUUGUAUGCGAGAAUAUUGGACAACGUCGUGUAUUAUUAUCGAUUGUCAUAAUUUAUUAAUAUGUAAUUGCCAUGUGAGAAAAUUAUUUACUUAAAGGUUUCACUUCGCGUGAUCAUAAAUCCACGACUUUUGUGACAAAAGCAUCUCGUGACAUUAAAUUUUAUGACUUUACGAUACUAUGGGAAAUAUUUUAUCGUAAAAUUACUUGAAAAAAAAAAAAAAAUAAGACACUGUAAUAUUUUUUACGUAGUAAGAAUUAUUCGUUUGUCGUAUCGUUGCAAAAAAAUAAUCUCAUCAAAUUAAAUUCAUGAUUAUGAAAAUUAUAAAAAUGUCACGCGAAAUGGAACCACUUUUUUAUUGACGAGACUAUGCAUGAUUGUAUAAACUUUUGUACAGUUCGUAUCAUUUCUUUUUUUUUUAUUUCUAUCUUUCUUUCUUUUUUCCUUUUUUUCCCCCUUAUUAUUUUCUUUUUCGUAUCGACGUUCUUAUAAUUAUUAAGUAUACUGUGUUUCAUUAUAGGAAAAUAUUAUCCCUCUUGUAUAUAGACUAAACAAAUAAUUGAUUCUAAUUAAAAAAGAAAAAAAAUUACAAGCCAAAUAAAAAAUGAACAAACAUGAAUCGAUAAAAAAAAAAAAUAUAAAAGAAAGAAACAAAAUUCUUCAAAAUAAUUAGCGUUAAAAUUAAUAGUGAUCGAUCUAGUGUCUCGAGGGGGUAGGUUACCAAAAUGAUUUCAAAUCUUUUAGAUGAAAUCAGUGAAAAAAAAAAAAGAGGAGAAUAAUAAAAAUAAUAUACGAUAUCUUGUUCUUAUUUCGUAAAAUAUUCUUUCUGUAGGGGGUAGGAAAAAAACGAAACGAAACAAAAUAAAACAAAACAAAACAAAACAAAAUUUAAAAAAAAACUGCAUCUACGUAUAUUUAUCCAGUAUUUUUUAGUAAUACCACCGGUGUAUUCUUCACAAAUCCGAGAGUAAAUAUUUUAUUUAAAAAUAACAAUAAAGAAGUUCCAAAUAGGACAUUGCAAACUCGCAUAAUCGGCGAUUCUUGCACGCGAAGAGAUAGAAAACAUUGAUAAUAAUUAUAAAAAGAAAAAUAAGAAAAAAGAUUUAUCGAGAGUAUUAAAGAAAAAAAAAAAAAGAAAAUAAGGAAAAGAACAAUCGACAAGACGAACAUUCAUAAAAAAACAAAAUUGGAUCCACCGUUAAAAAUCCUUUUUGUUCUAUAUGAAAGUAUUCGGGAAAAAAAAAUAAAUAAAUUAAUUAAUAUAUAUAUAUACAUACAUAUGUAUAUACGGGGUGUUUUGUAACGUAAACCUGAUGAAACCCUGAAAAUUAAAAAACCAUAAAAGUAAAACCGAUGCAACAAGAAUACCAUAGUCAUACCACAACGAUGCUAAUACAAAAAAAAUAUUUAAAUACACAACGAUUUCAAAUUGAAUUAUUCUUUAAAUCAAAUAUCCUUAUAUAUAUGAACAAAUUAAAUGUCACAUUUACAGUUUGAUUUUUCAUGUUAAAUCAUUCCCCUGUUGACUCGUACAACCAAUUACAGAACACCUUGUAUAUAUAUAAUGUUUUCCAAACUCGAGAACACAGGGUACACUCUAGUUUUACAAUAUUAUUAUUAUUAUUAAUAUGAAAUAAAACGAGAGAAAAAUAAGAAAUUAAAUUAAAUACGAACAAUUAUUGAAGUAAACACCAUUAUCGCGAAUAAAAUAAAUAAAAAAAAAAAUACAUACGAAAGGGAAUAAACAAAAUAAAGAAGAUAUCAAAUUCGUGUGAAGAUAUUUUUAAUGUGUUGAUAUCAAAUAUUUGUGUGUCUUACGCGCGCGAGAACGUGUUUUAAAAAAUUAAUAAUAAUAGUCAAUUGAAAUUUCAUUUGAUCGUGUUGUGACGUGAACAAAAAAUAAAAUCAUUUCUUAGAAUGUGAACAAUGUUUAAACGAUUAACAAUAUAAUCAGACGAAGGAAAUAUUUAACACUGCUUUAUAUAUUACAAUAUUAGAAUUGCAAUAUUAUAUUUGAAAAUGUAUUCUUGUAUACACCAACACACCCACACAACUCAAAAAAAAAA